AUGACCGAGGAGCGUGCUGCCUGGACGAGAGAUUUGCUGCCUGUGACGGUCAUAGGCGACCUGGCGCCUGCUGCCCGCCCCUCACGCGCACUGCUCGACCCAGCGUCGGCUGCGCUGGAGCCGCUCGCCCAGAGGGCCAGUCGGCGGGAGGGGGAGCCGGAGCCCGAACCCGAGCCCGAGCCCAAGCCCGAGCCCAAGCCCAAGGCCGAAUCCGAGCUGGUGCGGGAGGUCCCCCGCGAGCUGGCCACCGACGAGACUCUCGCAGGCCUUGGCCGUAUCGUGACGGACCCCGAUGCCUUCACGGUGGGCAGAGGCACUUUCGAGAUCGUGAAGUGGCCCUGCUCGGGCUGGCGCCAGCUCGAUCCCGGAACUGGCGACGAGGCUGGAACCACCGAGGGAGAUUUCGAGGUCCACUGGAAGGGGGAUUUCUUUUAUGCGGAGAACCUUGCGGUGGCCACGCAGAACAACAAGUACCUCGACGGGCUCGGCGUCCCGCCGGAGUUCGCCUCGCACGCGGCUCCAGAGGCGGCGGAAGCCAUCCACCUCUGGAUGAGCGACUACCACCCAGACGGCGGUCAGCUCUUCUGGCCCAGGCAGCCGGUGCCGUUCGUGGUGUGCCUGGGCCCUUCCGCGCGAGGCGACGACAUCCGGCCCGAGGACAUGCGGGCGUUCCUGGUUCCCAGGGGCCUCGGCGUCUACCUGCACCCGGGCACGUGGCACAACGGUGUAUACGUGAACCCGAAGUACACGGCCUCGGGCCCCCUGAGAUUCCUGACUCGCCAGGGGAGGGUGCACGCCCGCGUCUCCGCGAGCUGGGCCGCGGAGUUCGGGGCCCUCCUGCGCGUGCCGCUCCACUGA